GUUUUGCUUGAAGCCGAUGCUUAUGAUGUCACAGGCGUCGCUUUGUAGAAAGUGUAUGGAUUAGGUCGCUUGAGGGCGUACUGGAUUUUGUGUGUUACUGAUUUUCCACGUCAUGGGAUAGUUGCCUCCCAGAGUUGCCUAAGUUUUCGUUUAAUUUUGUGAUACAAGCCCAAUGAUAUUGAACCUUGCCUGCUACAGUCUAUAACCAAAUUACAGUGCAUGGUGUCAUUACUAUGGGUCUUGGGCAACUAGUUAGUUCGCCAAAUCGUCCACCACAACAGUUCAAUAUCAACUUGUGUGACUGUCAUAUCCUCCAUCAUGAGUAUCGCCAUGGAUAACAGCACAGAUCCAGAGGUUACCUUCAAGGACCACAAGUCGGACAGUAUUAGACCUGAGGACUCAGCUAGCCAAAGGGGGAGUAGCACCACCUCGGCGAGUUGGAGGAUACGGGCUAAGGCUAAGAGAGCUGCCUUAGCCGCUGAAGUAGCAGCUCUUAAAGACCAACAAGAACUUGAGAUAGAAGAAAUGAAGCUUAAACAACGGAAAGCUGAGCUUCUUCUGAAGACUAGAUUAAAGAUCGCUGAAGCAGAGGAAACUGUAUAUAGAGGUACUCGGUCCAUAGAACAGAAGACUGAGCCUUCCAAAUCUGAACCUUCCCAACAAGGUUCAUCAACUCCUGCUAGAAUGAAGCCAGCUAGUGAAAACCAGAUACUGACCAGUCAAGAUGAAAAGAUAACUGGUAACAUGGACUCUGACAUCUUACAUCAUCUACAGCAAGGACAGAGACAACAUCAACAGCUGUUGGAAGCCAUCACAAUUUCAAGUACCAACAUUAUGUCUUUUGAUGGUAACCCGUUGAAUUUCUUUGAGUUCAUACGAUCAUUUGAUAGUGUCAUUGGAAAUUCGUCAUUGGACAAUAACGCCAAGCUGCUCAAGUUGUAUCAUCUUUGUACUGGAGCUGCCAAAGACAUAAUCCAAUGUUGUCUCAUGAUGCAUCAAGAUGACGGGUACUUUCAUGCUAGAACACUUCUGAUAGAUCGCUUUGGAAGUGACCAUAAGAUCAGUGACGCCUGGAUUAGGAAGGUCACGGAAGGUCCAGUUAUUCAGAGCAAUCCUAAACAUCUGAGGGAUUUUGCUGAUCAGCUAAAGACCUGUGCUGAAACUUUGAUGGCCCUUGGGAUGCUUCACGAGAUGAGCAGCAGAAGUGAGCUGGUGAAGGUCAUUGAACGUUUGCCAUUCCAUCUGAAGAGCCGGUGGUUGCGUUUCGUAAAGACCAUCAGGGAUAGUGGCAGACAGCCUAACAUCCAGCAUGCAGUUGAAUUCAUCACCGGUGCAGCUGAUGAACUCAAUGAUCCUGUAUUUGGAGCCUUACUUAUGGGUGGACCAAAGAGUCUAGGAAGUGCAAGGAGUGUAAAGGAAAGAACUGUGUCAAAUAGAGGUCAGGCAAGCAUGUUUACUACCUCUGUGAAUUCAUCGACCAAGAACUGCAUCAUGUGUCAGGACAGCCAUGACCUUUUCGGUUGCCAGGAAUUUAAAGCCAUGGAGCCUGAUGAACGCUUUGAUUUUGCCUUCAAGAACAGGCUUUGUUUCAAUUGCUUGUUACCUGGUCAUGUAUCCUCAAAGUGCAUCCUUAAUAGGACCUGCUCAGUCAAGGGGUGCAAUCAAAGGCAUACCAAGUUCCUCCAUACCGGGAGAAGGAUGAGACCAUCUUCAGGAAAUCCUACACCUUGGAGAACAAGAAGGGAAUCAAAUGACUCCUCAACUCAAACUGACUAUGAUGUAGCAUCUCAUGCUAGUUCCAAUGCCACGAGGGCCGGAGGUUGCAGAGUAGCCCUUCCAAUAAUUCCGGUUACUGUCAGUGCUGCAGAUGGUGGAGAAAGCAUUGAGACCUUAGCUUUGCUGGACCCUGGAUCUACGAACUCUUUCUGUCUGCAAGAAUUAAUAGAUGUGCUCCAGACAAAGGGGAAAAAGAAAGUCAUUCAGGUCUCAACACUGGAAAGCCCUAAAAGAGCAAUGGAAUGCGAAGCCGUCAAGUUGAGGGUUAAAGGUUCCACAGCAGACAAGAUGAUAGAGGCUGAAUUUCUAACUCGUCCCAGCCUGAACAUCAGUACUGCAAACAUGGCCAGGGAGGAAGAUAUUUCGAAAUAUCAACAUCUUUGUGGUAUUGAUCUUCCAGUCACGGGGAAGAAUCAAGUAACCAUACUGAUUGGACAAGAUGUGCCUGAAGCCCUGAUGCCACUUGAAAUCAAAGCAGGUAAACCUGGUGAAGUUUAUGCUGUCAAGACAAUACUUGGAUGGACGUUAAAUGGUCCACUUGGAAAUGGAAGUAGUUUACAGAGUUUUCAAGCCUCGUCUAGCUUCAUCUCUGAUGAUGGUAACAUGCUCCUGGAAGAACAAGUUCACAAAUUUUGGAAGCUAGAAGGGACAGAAUACCUUCAUGAUGAUGAAAGGAGCAUGUCCAUCAAUGAUCAGAAAGCUUUGAAGACCUGGCAGGAAGGAGUUUGCAGAGAUGGUGAUCAUUAUCAACUUCCCAUUCCAUUUCGGAAGAGGCCUGAAGAUCUGCCGAAUAACAUCCAAGUUGCACUAACCAGACUAAAGUCACUGAAGAGAAGACUGGUAAAGGAUGAUUGUCUACAUGCUAAGUACAGUGAAGGAAUGAGGUCUUUGUUGGAUGAAGGGUAUGCUGAAGAGGUUAAGGACCAGGAUCUUGGGAAGGAUGAAGGAGUCUGGUAG